AUGGAUGAGUCCAGUGAAUAUCAUUCGCCAGAUGUUGCGGAAAGUAAUCCGGCUACCAUGGAAGUUGUUGUGAUGGCUGCGGGAACCGAAGUGACGACUGUCGAGCGAAAACCUGGUGAAUCAAGAAAUCCCUCGAAGCGUUCAAUUAUCAGAAACUAUACACAGGAGCUAUUUGUGAAUGGAAAACAUAAUAUUCGCUGUGUGUUGGUGGAUAAUUGUGAAUACUCGCAGAAGUUGUUCCUUCAAACAAACUUCGAGCGUCACUUCCGGCUGUGUCACCCAGCUGCCUAUGAACUCCUAUGCAUUGGUCCAGCUGCUGCGAAGCAUAGCAGCUCGAAUGCGGAACCAGCGAUAACGAUACGGAUGACGAAACAAAGACUGAUAGGAGGAGUGGUAAAAAUGGUUACCAUACAUGGGCUUCCUUUCGAAUUCACGGAAUGGGAUGGUUUCCAAGAAAUUGUGGAACCAUUGCUGAAAGCUUUCAAUCUAACUGUCAACAGACACAACAUCAAACAGUAUGUGGCGAAAGCGGCAGAGGGUAUCGAUUGCCUUAUAAUUCAGGAGCUGCAUGGGUUGAUGAUUUCACUCAAGAUGGACAUCGUUUCGAAAAUGUACCGAAGUAUGCUUGGUAUCAACUGUCAGUACAUCAACAACACUGGGGCUGUUGUAAAGCGAAAUCUCGGCAUUAUUGAGCUGCAUAACCGACACACCAGCCAAUACCUUAAAGACGAAUUGCUUAAAAUCUUGAAGUUCUUUGGUGUCGACGUUUGUCAAAUCGUUGCUGUUACUAUAGAUAAUGCUUCAAAUAUGGUUAAACUAGUGAAGUUGCUAUCUGCCCUGAGCGAAUCGGCAAUCGAUUACUAUGUGGAUUCCGAGCAGUUCGAAAAAAUUCCGUUGAACGAAAUUGAAGUCGAUGACUCAGAUGUGCUCGAUAUCGAUUCUCCAGAGAAGCUUGUUGAUCAAGAGUGGGCACGUGUCCUUGAGGAUUUUGCGCCAGAUGAAUUUAUUACGGCUGUCCGAUGCGGAGCACAUACGACCCAGCUGGUAGUCCAUGACGUUUGUAAGCAGAGUGUACACAAAGCAGCACUCCGAGAGAUCAGGAAGAAGGUGAAAAAGUUUCGGUCGACUGAGUACAAAACAUUUUUCGACGUAAGCGAAGGAGGGACAUACCCACCGCUUCCGAAUGAAACUCGUUGGAACUCGAAUUAUAAGAUGCUUCUGGAGUUGAGUAAGGGAAGAUCGUUCUUCGAGAAGCUGGGAACGCAGUACCCGGAUUUAGACCUGUCCAACUAUUGGGGAUUCAUCGAAGAUUAUGUUACCGCAUUCAAUCCGCUGUAUCAAUGUACAAUCGCAGUUUAGAAACUCGAGCACACUCUUUCUGAUUUUUACGUCGAAUGGAUUCGAGCAUACGGCAUAAUUUGGGAGUUGGAGAAUUCCAACAGGUUCAAAGCACACUUAAUUACAGCAAUGGAUCAACGUCAGCAGAAACUUUUCUGCAAUCGCAUUUUUCGAGCGGCUGUGUAUUUUGACCCUCGGCUCAAUUUCAAUGGGUCCAAUUUGCUCUCUGCAGCGCAGAAAGAUGACGUUGUGGUAAGAAUCCUCUAUAAUACUAACCCAAAUUUAAACACUUCAAUGUGUUCCCCAAUUGAUGUGUUUUAUUGGAUAAUCAAUGUUAUUUUUUUCAGAAAUUUUGUUUGAAAAUUUGGGCUCGAAUCAAACCCGGAGGUAAUGUACCCAAUGAAAAUGAUUCAAACGCCGCAAAUACUUCAUUAAACGAAAUAACUACCGAAUCUCCAACAUCCAAUAAAUUCAGUCUGAAUGAAUAUUUGACUCGCACAAUUGGAUCCGGGGCUUCUCAAACGGUUCAACUUACAACACUGGAACUGAAGUUAAGAAGUGUUCAAUAUCAGGCUCGAAUUGACGCUGAUAAGCCUUUCAAUAUAAUUCAGUAUUGGGCGGGUAAACGAUUUGAGGAGUCGCAGCUGUGGAUGGUCGCAAAAGUAAUUUUUGGUGUACCUGCGACCCAAUGCUCUGUAGAAAGGGAUUUCAACCUUUUUGGUUCAAUUUUAACCAAAUCGAGAAACAAGCUGAGCUCAAAAAGUCUACAGUAUGUGCUCAAGGUACGAACAAACAGCACACUUGUAAAACCAGCGCUGGCAUACAUAUUCAACAAAGAUAAAAGCACUUUGGAGGAACUUCCAACAUCAGCACCUGCUUUAUGAUGUCAACAACAUUCAUCGAAACACACAACAGUUUAAACUGGAAUUGUCGAAAAGGAGU